CAGAAAAAAAACCCCUGUAUUUUGUAUUUACUGCCAUCCGGUAAAUUCAAAAUUUACAACAUGACACUACACUGAAAGUUUCAAAAAUUGUGUGAAUGAAAAUACAGUAUAUUUAUUCACUUGGUUAAUAACUUCAAAUAGAAGUGAUGAUAAUUUCAGAAUAAUUACAAACUAUAGAUGCCAUAUAUCAAUUUCAGUUAUCUAUCGGAUAUUGUACUAUAUCUUGCUCAAACUUUUUGAAAUUAAUAUGUUUACCAGUAUUCAUAAAGUUUUUAAAAAUGUGUGAAAGUAUAUAAAUAUGUUUAUCUAUGUGUAAUUAUAUGUAAAUAUUUUUAGGAAAUGUGGAAGAAUUUUUUUUCAAUCCAUGGAUUAACAUUGGUGCUGGCAAUUUGAUUAAAUCUGCACGGAUUCAAUUUGCAAUUUUAGUAUUAUAAAACCAUGACGUUUUGUCAAGAUCUGACUUGGAAUUGCUAAAAUUACUGGGAUUCGGAAUUUUCACUAUUCACAAUUUACGACAGCAGUGUUCACUGGCGUGUGUCCCUGUGUGUACAACUAGAGAGAGAUGCCACCAAAAAAACAGAAAAGGACAUCAUUAGCGGGCCUGAGAACCCUUCCAUUGUCAAUGAUGUGUGAAUGGGCGUCGUGUUCCGAAAAAUUCUCAAGCAUGGAACAAUUUACUGACCACUUAAAAGUACAUCUGACAGGAGUUAUGAGCAAUGGUAUUUUGGAAGAAGCUACUGAGUACAGCUGCCUGUGGAGAGACUGUGAAAUGAAGGUGACCGGCCAUGUCACUGAUUUUGUUCGACAUGUGUACUUUCAUUCCUUCCAUGUCAAAAUUAAAGAGUUGGGUUCUCAAUUGGUAGAGAACCUUCAUCUUAAAGGAUGUCAGUUAGAUGGACAAAGUCAUAACUUGAUCCCAGAAUUACCAGAGAGACUGCAGUGUGGAUGGCAGCAUUGUGAGACAAUAAUGGACAUUCCAGAAGCCUUUUAUCGCCACGUGGAUAGUCAUGUUUCAUGUUUUCCAGAGGGAAAUAAUGUGCCCGGGGGCUGCAAGUGUCUAUGGGAAGGUUGUGAUGCCGUGUCCAAAAGUCGAUAUAAAUUACGUGAACACCUUAGGAGCCAUACGCAGGAAAAAAUCAUAGCAUGUCCAAAUUGUGGAGGUCUGUUUUCAAACAGAACAAAAUUUCUUGACCAUAUGAAACGGCAGGAAGAAACGGAUGUUCAGUGUUAUCAAUGUUCCCACUGUGACAAACGAUACACAACAGAGAGACUCCUCAGGGACCAUGUCCGUCACCACGUGAACCAGUAUAAGUGUCCAUGCUGCGAUAUGACAUGUCCUACACCUUCCAGUUUGAAAUCACACUUGAAGUACAGACAUACAACCCAGACACCAUACAAAUGUGAUCAUUGUGAACAUGGGGCCAAAUCAGUAGCUGAUCUGAAGAAGCACCUUGAAAGUCACAGUAUGGAUGUUCCAUAUCACUGCCAUAUACCAGAAUGUACGUACACUUCAAGAACUUUCCAAAGUUUAGAAAAUCAUUUCAAAAGACUUCAUCAGGACAUCAACACUCAGAAAUACAAAUGCCAUGUAUGCUUUACUUUGUUUACUCGUGGGUCUAACCUUACCGCACAUCUCAAGAAGAAGCACAAAUUCAGAUGGCCGUCAGGACACUCACGUUUUAGAUAUAAAAUGCAGGAAGACGGGUACUGGCAGCUGCAGACAGUUCGAUAUGAAAGCAUAAAACUUACAGAGCAGAUGGAUGAUCUGUCUGUUCAGACUCAAACAAAGUUUUCUUCGGAGAUUGAAGAAAUCGGUAAAAGUAAAAAGAAAAGAAGGACUUUUAAAAAGGAGAAAGAGAAUGCGUCAGCUUGCUCAUCUACAUCUCAGCACAAUUCCAGCAGUUCAGAGCAACCCACUGAAACAACAGUUUUGUCACAGACGGUUGUUCAACCCAGUAGUGAAUGCAUGGAGCGACCGGCAAGGCAUGAGACUCAAAGAGAAGCUAAGAGACAAAAGAUAUCCCUGUCUGAUAUGGGACCAUCUCGCUCUCCACCAAGUGCUCAUAUGUUCCAGGAUGGCAAUUCAAAAGCUUUUAUGCAAGGCAAGGACAGAUUUGAUCCCAGCACAGAGGAAGCCAUAGCUAAUCAACAUGAAAAGACUACCACAAAAGAAAGUGUCACAUCCAAAAGCAACACAUUAGAGAAUUACAAUUUGGAAAUGCUUGGAGAUGUUGCUCUGAGUGUUCCUGUUCAAGGGAGUGUUUUGUCUCAUGGGAGAACUAGAAAACGAAAACAAAAUGUUACUUACAAAUGUAAUGAUGGAUUCUAAAGAAAUAUUGAAUUUCAAAGCAGAAUUGGUAAAAACAAAUUUUAAAAGAAACAUCUUUACUUUUCAUGUACAUUUACUUGUAUAUAAAAAGUGUACAUUUAAAAGAAUAAAAUGUGUUACAGGAAGACUCGUGAUUUCGGGUGUAUGAUUAAUACUGGUAGAUUUAUUAAAUGAAAUUAAAGAUGAAAUCACACAAUAAGAGAAAGAUGACUAAAUCCAACAGAUGGACAUAGACAACAAAGUGUGCACAGUUACUGGUAAACAUAAGUCGUCACUUGCAGUGACACAUGAUUCACUAAGUCAAGAACCAGUCCAAAAUAAUCAUGUGACGUUUGGUCACACUAAUUACACAAAUAUACACUUACAAAGUCAUUUUCUGAUUCUUUUAAUCAAUUGAUAAUGCAAAAGGUAUAAAAAUAUUUAAAUUAUGAUCAAUGUCGAUAAAAAAAAUUGCACAUUAGUGUUAAGUUACAGCAAAUUUUCCUUUUAUGAACUGGUAAAUGUUACAAUGGUGACUACAACUACUUAGAAGUUGGAUGUCAGCCCAUGCAAUUCUUUGGAGUACAUGCUCUUACUUUAGCUUUAGUUGUGAUUAAUAAAAAAAUAAACUACUAAAUGCAAAGACAGCACUAAAAGUACAAAAAAGACAUCAAUGAAUGAUUUUGAAAUUAUUUCAUAAUAACUACUCAAAAAGCUGACAUAUACAUAUGUAGGUAGCUAAUAAUGCAUUUGAAAGCAGUUUUAAACUACCGGUAGUAUUAAUGAUACA